CGUGCUGUCACUAGGGGAGUAGCCAGCGUCGGUGAGAGGCGCCGGGCUCGCACACCGCAGACGUGCCCUUGGCUAGAGAUCUACUCCCUCCCUCUUUGGAGGAGGAAAAGAAGAACCAUAAAAAGAAACGGCUGGUUCAAAGUCCGAAUUCUUAUUUUAUGGACGUAAAAUGCCCAGGUUGCUACAAGAUCACCGCGGUUUUCAGCCGUGCCCAAACAGUGGUUCUUUGUGUAGGCUGUUCUACAGUUUUGUGCCAGCCUACAGGAGGUUGUUCCUUUAGAAGAAAGCAACACUAGUGACCCACACAACUUCCUGGAUUUGUGUUCUCACGGAAAGCCUUAUCAUAAGUUCAGUGAUUCUAGUGAAUCUACUAAGAUCAUGUAAUUUUGGUUGAUUUUAUAAGGUAUACAAGUU